GCAUCGCCAUUUCCAAUCAUUCCGGAUUUUGUACGGCGGCAAGCAACGGUUGAAAAAGCCACAAACAAUUAAUGAUCCAAAACAAAUUGAUCACAUUACUCCAACAUUAAGCACUCUCGACUCUCGCACGAGGGAUGCCAGCAUACUUAUAGCCGGACUUGGUCCGAGAAGGUACAGCCUACACUCCCAUGGGCGUGUUACCGUGACCAUAUUGCGCAACCUUGUUCUUUCUACCCACAACAAGCGAAAUAUCCUGUUAGACAUUGACAUGCAUCGCGAUACACCGCGAGUGGUCAUAGUUGGUGCCGGCAUUGCCGGAAUCACCAUGGCUGUAAACUUGAGAAACAAGUUGCACCAUGACAACUUCGUAAUUUACGAAAAAGCAGGAUCCAUCGGUGGGACGUGGCGAGGUUGUGGGUCUGAUGUUCCCGGACACUGGUAUUGCCUUUCGACGGAACCAAACCCAUACUGGGAGAGAUACUACAUUACGCAGCCUGAGAUACGCGCAUACUGGGAGGAAAUAUAUCGAAAACACGACCUGGCUUCCCGCACAGUAUUCAAUACCCGCGUUAAGCUUGUUGAAUGGGACGAAGAAAACGGCGUGCAUAACCUGACUCUAGAGGAUGUAAUGUCUGGUCAGACUAUACAAACCCAAGCAGAAGCUGUCAUUCAGGCUGUCGGCUUUUUCACAACGCCGAUGUAUCCUGAUAUUCCUGGAAAGGAGAAGUUUACAGGACCACUCUGGCAUUCUUCUCAAUGGAGGCAUGAUGUAGAUCUGAAAGGCAUGACGGUCGGUGUUGUUGGCAAUGGCUGCUCUGCAACUCAGUUCAUACCGGCCAUUGCUGCCGAACCUACUACUCGGGUCAUCAACUUUUGUCGCACCCCACAAUGGAUCGCAAUGAGGUCGAAUUAUCAUUACCCAGAGUGGGCCAAGUGGGCAUUUGCCCAUGUCCCGUUUCUCAUGUACACAUAUAGAAGCUUCAUGAUGAUAACGGGUGAUCUUUUAUGGAACAUUUUCUUGGUGAAUUCACCUCUCAGUACAGUCUUCAAGAGGAUCCUGACAUGGUACAUGCGACGAACCGCGCCAGCGAAAUACCACGAUAGCCUGAUUCCCACCUACCCUCCUGGAUGCAAACGCCUGAUCCUUGAUUCUAACUACCUAGCCACUUUGCACCAACCCAACGUUGAUCUGAAUUGGGCCGGAAUCCAAGAAAUUGUCGAGGAUGGCAUUGUUCUCAAGACUGGUGACAAAAUACCACUGGACGCAAUCAUCUUUGGCACCGGCUUUUACCUGGCCAAACGAGAUGUAGAUUUCCGUGGAAUCGGUGGUCAUACUCUGAAGCAUUGCUUUGAAUCAGAAGGUGGCUAUUACGGGACGGUUUUCCCUGGGUUUCCAAACCUAUUCACAAUCGUGGGACCCAAUAGUGCCUCGGCUCAUGCUUCCCUUAUUUUCAUCAUUGAGACUCAGGUCGACUAUAUUCUCAAGCUGAUGAAGCCUAUCAUCAAUGGUAAGGCAAAAUCAAUCGAAGUAACCCAAAAGGCUACAACCUAUUACAACACCUGGAUUCAAAAGCGUAUGGCGAGCACGAUAUUCCUUUCCUGUGACGAUCGAACGAGUGCUAAAAAUGUAGCCACGUUCCCUGGUAUGAUCUCACUCUACUGGUGGAUCACGCGAAAGCCACGCUGGAAUGAUUUCAAGGUGGUGGGUGGAGAGCAGUGGUUUUAUAAGCGAAGGAAAGUGGCAUUGACGAACUAUGCACUUGUUGGUUUGAUGGUUUCCGUCGUUGGUUACAAUUUCUCUAUGCUCUGGAAGCUUGUCCCCGGACUUAAAGAGAGGCUUCUUUCCGGGUGAGAAUUCAAACGCAAUUUCCUUCAUAGUAUGCGCUGCCACAUACGUACCAUCAACUCAUUUAUAGUUACAUGAAGAGACAUGCAAAUGAUUGAUUAUUUACGGUGUCACACGCAAUAUUGAUGCCAAUGCAACUGUAUAGGGAGUCG